GUGUCACACUUGACCGAUAGCGAAGCCUUAUUUCAAUAUGGCGCGAGGGUGAUUUCAGAGUAACCUUGCUUUUAGCCGUGCGGGUUUCCUCGCAGUUUCUUUGCCGUUAUGGAGGAUUCUGACUAUGAGAGCUUACCAACUGAGCGAGUUUCUGUUCAUCUUUUAGCUGGAGGGGCAGCUGGGGUGAUGGAACACUGUGUUAUGUACCCUGUAGAUUGUGUCAAGACAAGAAUGCAGAGCUUAAAGCCUAAUCCAAAUGCACAAUACAACAAUAUGAUUCAUGCUAUUAAAAAGAUGAUACAGUCAGAAGGUAUCUUGGCUCCUCUGCGUGGAAUCAACAUUGUGGCGAUGGGUGCUGGCCCUGCCCACGCCUUGUAUUUUAGCUCCUAUGAAGCCAUCAAGAAACUCCUGAUUGGAAAUAACACAACACAUAGCCCUACUGCUUAUGUACUUGCUGGAGCUUGUGCUACAGUGUUUCAUGAUGGUGCAAUGAACCCAAUUGAGGUGAUCAAGCAACGUCUCCAGAUGUAUGGCAGCCCUUACAGGGGUGUGAUCCACUGUGCAACAUCAGUAUUCAAGGAGGAAGGAAUUAGGGCUUUCUACCGCAGUUACACUACCCAGCUAUCAAUGAACAUUCCCUUCCAAACUCUACACUUUACGGUGUAUGAAUAUGCCCGAAAGGCAUUAAACCCACUUGGAGGCUAUGACCCAAAGACUCAUGUCAUAGCUGGAGCAACAGCGGGUGCCGUUGCAUCUGCUAUUACUACUCCUCUUGAUGUUGCAAAGACAUUACUGAACACGCAAGAGCGAAGUGUUGUCAAUCUUGUUGGUACACCAAAAGGACAUGUGUACUAUGUGAGCGGCAUGUUCACUGCAUUCAGGACCAUCUAUCAGAUGCGGGGCUUCCCUGGCUACUUCCAGGGGCUCCAAGCUAGGGUUAUUUUUCAAAUGCCAUCAUGUGCUAUUUGUUGGUCAGUCUACGAGUUCUUCAAGCAUUUUUUGCACCUAACAACAGAAGAAUCUGAGUAUCAUGAAAUUCCUGCCACACAGGGAAACUAAAAAUGACAAUAAUAUUUUAACUGUUGGGAACUGAUUUGAAUGGUGGGAAAUGAGGCGCUUUUAUGGACUAACAUUGUCACAAUCCAAUUCGCCUAUAGCAAUCUAUAGCCAAUUUACACCUACAGCCGUCCUUUGGUUAUUAUUAGAAAUAUGAAAUGUAGAAGAAUUAUUUGUAGUAGACUUGAUAGACCAUCAUUUAAAGCAGCAAUCUUGCCAGUGUAUGUACUUCUGGUCAAUUAUGUAACAACCUGAAAUGAUUUUAAGUGGAAAACACCAAAUAUAUUUCAAAAUUGUAAAAUCUGUAUGUCUAGAAGUUUCUUCGAGGGUGUCUGAUGAUUUAGCAGAUUUGAAAUAGUACAGAUUCUCAUAGAUUCUUUUAUCAGUUGAGGUUUCUGUUGGUCUGCCAGAAGUAAACAGCUGCAAUUGCCACUUUAUGUAGAAAUUCAAAAUAUUAUAUCCUCUUGAAAUUUUUAAUCAAGCUUACCUUCAAAAUCGAAUAAAUGAGGGUUGAAUACAGGGUUAAAUACCAUA